AUGGGUCAGGGAAAACAAUUGGCCUCACUGGCAGUGGUAGAUGAGCGGUGGUGUGGUGUCAUGGAACCUCAAGUGCUAGAAAGCCCCGAGUUUGUGAUGUUUGCAUUCGGCCGAAUAGGCAGGGGAGCCUUGGAGAAUCUCGUGUCAUGUGUCACGGGCCAUCCAAAAUCGAUCAUCAUGGCUCGCCUGCGGCUUAACCACACGGCCAUUAUCUUUCUUUAUUAUCCACCACAUUUCGAUGAUGAUGGUGUUAUUUCUCCUCGACAUUCGGCUUCCGAACCUCACGCUCCAAUAUCCGGGCUUACCACGUUACAAGACCAAUACUUGGCACUAGCAGAACAAUGCGAUGACGACCAUUCGCACGGGAAGGGAUUCUGGAAGACGAUUCAACCACAGUCGAGCUUCCAGGGGCCACUUGGCAGAUUUCAGUCUCGGGCAUGUUCGUUGAGCUUGUCCAAACUUCUCCCUUUCAUACGAUCUGUCCUCUUGCUUCUCGAGCUUCCUGAAACCUCACUCCCAGACAUCAUCCCCGUCCUCUUAACAUCUGGUUUCCCUGUGGUGUGGACUACCAUGAGUAACCAAUCCACAGAAUGGCUCGCUCCCCACCAUUUUGAACCUGAACAUUCAUCCCGACUCCAGAAACGAAAACAAACUCACGAUGACCUAAAUCUGACUGUUUCCCUAACUGACAGCUACGAUGAUUGCGACCGCCCAAUAGCAUCUCGACAGGUGCGUCGCAAGAGUUCCCCAUUCGGCACACUGGCGAAAUUCAAAUUCCCUAGCUUCAAGGCUCCUAGGAAUGAGGGUUAUGAGAUGCCAAACAAUGAAGGCAGCAAUCAGCAGGGAAUGUGUGAGAAGCCGUCGCUCGACGGCGACGGUGCAAAGAAGCGUAUUGACUCCAGUAACACAUCAGGUCCAGGAUCUCAGGAGAAAUCACAUGAGAGGGAACUUAAGAGACGCUCAUCAACCUUCGGCAGCAUCGUCUCCGGGGUUAAGAAAUCUUUCUUUACGGUCACUCGCCGCCGAAAGGGUUCAACAAUGUGGGAUACCUCGGCACCCACCAGUCCUAACGAGUUCCCGUCUUCAUCAAAUCCCUUCCAGCCUCUUGCUAGCUUGCAUAACGAUCCCCACUGGUACGGAGAACGACUCCAUCUUAGUGCCUCCAUCGAGCCACUCGCAGAGCUCGGCACACUGCGCUUCAUAAACCGCAGUGUCGACGAAUUGGAGAGCUUUGAUGGCCCAAGCACAUACUGGCGCUCCGAGAACUACCACAAUCGAUCAUGUGUGUUCGAGUCCAAGCAUAGCAGCCGACUCGCAACUCCACGAGGACGCAGUCCUGGUCCUAGCACCCACGUUCAGACCGAGACUAACACGCCAACGCCUUGGACAAAUGCAGAGUCUGGAACAGAGCCGCAUCGCUGGCGAAAGCUGCGUGAUUGGAGUCCAAGUCCAGCGGUAGGGCAGCGUAGCCGUCCUCAGUCCAGCCAUGGCCCAAGUCUCCCAACCUUCCUCUCCAGUCCUUUCCGGAGCCUCAACAGAGCGUGCGGAAAGGGAAAAAAACCAUGUCAAUUCCCUAGGCAUCAUCGGCGCACAUCGCGUGCACCUUCUCCGCGGACACUAGUUAGCCCACCUCCAGCUUUUCAGGUACCUACAAACGGCAGACGGCGACCCAGUAUCACGUCGUCCACAGUAUCGAUCUCAAAUCCUGAUCUCUUCGGCCCGGCACCAAAUCUCUCAUUUAGCCCCUCAUUCAACAACCUCGGCGUGCUCCCCGACAGCGACCAACGCUCCGACAGCCUCUCGCUUCAAAACAUCCCUCAUGCGACCUUUAGCCCCUCGCCCAAUUCCUCCAUGAUCCCAUUACACAUACCUCCCACAGACGACGACAACGGCCCCGGAGCUUCGCCCCUAGACGAACAAUCUCGUAGCCCGAGUCUCCUGGCUUUACAGCCCGCGCCAUUAUACCCGCUGUCGCCGCCUCUUGACACAGAGCUAGCACCUCUGUUGUGCGAUAGCUCCACUGCUUCACUUUCUCUCCCUUCCCCAACAACGAGUCCUGUUUCCCUAACGCCCUCAUACUCAAACACGGCGUUGCUCGACCCGGGAUAUCCACUCUGUUCGCAUCAUAUUAACGCACAUUCCACAACGCACUCUUCAAUACAUCUUCCAAUUCCGUUGCGCUUUGGGGGGUCAGGGAGGGUGGGUCCGAGUGCGGGAAACCGAAGUCCAGCGCUCAGCAGCAAAGCACAGAUUACAGCGAAGGAUAAUGCAAGUCAGAAUGAUGGGUUGGGGUUCAAGAAGAUAGAGGUGGGUGGCGAGAAACAUGAGUUGGAGCAGAGGCAGGCUAAGUUUAGUUGGGAGGUGGAGGCUGUGAGGGGGGGGUUUGGUGGUUGUGAUGCGGGCCGGGAUUCUAUAGGUAAACCACGAAAGUCUAAGGAAGGAGCCGCGUGGAAUAUUUGUGUUCCGUCUCCCAUUCGAAGAUAUGACGGCCCGGCCUUCAUACCGAUAUUAUCCAUUAAUCAUGUCAAGGCGCAGGGGAGACCUAGACCAUAUCCCUUUCACCUUUGUUACAAGGGGAAAUGACUCGAUACCCUUCGUUCUUUCUUCCUCCUCCCCUUUCUUUUCCUAAUCCUUUCAUAUGAUCAUUCCAACCACACUCACACUCACUUCUAUCUCCUUUUCAAUAAAACAGGUUUUUUUUUCUAUUCCUCUUACAGGGAGGGGAAGGGAUCACAACCAUAUCAC